AUGGUUUCUUAUCUGUUUCUCUCAACACCUACUAAUGCUACUCUCUCUCCUUUACUUCUCUCCCAUAAACUGCUUCUGAAAUUUGGGUUCCUACUGGCUCAUGCAUACAGUAACAUCCCAAAAUUUCCUCGGAUGAAUGUUUGGGAUCCUUAUAAACGUCUUGGUAUCAGCCCUUAUGCUUCUGAAGAGGAAAUUUGGAGUUCACGCAAUUUUCUCCUGCAACAAUAUGCUGGACAUGAAAGAAGUGAAGAAUCAGUAGAAGCUGCCUUUGAGAGAUUGUUGAUGACUAGCUUUAAACAGAGGAAAAAAACAAAAAUUAAUUUGAAAACCAGGCUAAAGAAGAAAGUGGAGGAGUCUCCUCCUUGGUUUAAGAAUUUACUCAAUUUUGUGGAACUUCCUCCAAUGGAAGUUAUUUUUAGAAGAUUGUUCCUCUUUGCAUUCAUGGGUGGCUGGAGCAUCGUAAAUUCUGCUGAAGGGGGUCCUGCUUUCCAGACUCAGAUACGCAAUGUAGACCUAAAAAUGGAUCUCUGGAAAUGUUAUCUUCCAAAAUCUAAGACUCUUGCUUAUGGGUAUACAUUUAUGUCGCAGUCUCUUUGGCAGCUUGCAUAUAUUUCCUCAAUGAGAAGACGAAGAGCUUGGGCAGAGCUUUCAUUAUUGGGCUUGGAGCUCUUGCAGCUGGGUGGACUUGCUAGUGCUAUUGAAAUGGCGAUCCGGUUGGUCCAACUACGUAUUGAAAACUCUAUGGAACUUCAUCUAUUUUUGGAGGGGGAGUGGAGGAUUGAAAUUACGUACAUUUUAAAUGGGCAUAUUAAGAACAUGUCAGAAAUGAUGUCAGGAUUACGCACAGGUGUGCAGAAGCCACUUUCAUCAUCUGGAAAAGCAUUUACUCGUUUGCUGUAG